AUGAAUCAAUUUUUCCUGCUACUGACCAUACCUUUCCUCGGAGCAUAUGCCGGUGACAUACAUUUUGAAUGCCCUCGGGAAAAUGGGCAAUUCGAAGAUCCCUACCAAUGUGAUAAAUAUUACGAAUGCAGUGACAAUCAUGCCUCGGAACUACUGUGUCCUGAUGGACUUGUAUUCGACCCUAAGAUCAAAAGUGACAACAAAUGUGACCAACCCUUCAACGUUGACUGUGGUGAUCGCAAGGAACUUCAAACACCUAAACCAUCCGGUGUUUGUGUCCGACAGAACGGACACUUCCCGCAUCCAGAUUCAUCGGUUUGCAACAUAUUCUACAACUGCGUAAAUGGACAUGAACUUGAAGUAACAUGUGCCGCUGGGUUGCAUUUUAAUCCAAAAACCGCAUCGUGCGAUUGGCCAGAAACAUCCGGCCGGGUUGGCUGCAGAAGCGAGGCUAAUAAACAACUAGAUGACGGCUUCCAGUGUCCAACAGACUUCAGACAGAUUGAUGGAAACGGCCAGAUGAUUACACAUCACACCUAUCCCCAUCCGGAUGAUUGCACAAAGUUUUACAUCUGUCUUAAUGGAGUUGAACCAAGACAAGGAGCGUGCCACGCUGGUUUGGUAUACAAUGAGGAAAUACAGCGAUGCGAUGAGCCCGAGAAUGUUCCGGGAUGCGAGGAUUGGAGCAAUUCUACCACUAAGUCAUAGGAUGGAGUAGUAUCUUCGGUUUUACGAAGCGCAAAACAUAUUAAAUGCAACAACAGUGAGAAAUUUUAUGUUUAAACAUACUUUUAAAACGAUCAGUGAACU